UCCUUCAAUUAUAUUUUUAAUAAAUAAAAACCUUAUCCCUUCUCUCUCUAUCUCUCUCCUCUCUGCCAUGGCGAUUGCUACUAUUGUCCGAGUCUGUGUGAUUUGAGGAUCUGACCCAGAAGUUGAUGAGACAGAAAAUCCAGAAAGUGAAGAUUUUUGAACCGUGAUUUCCGACCAAACCGGUAAGAAAAUCCCUGAUUUGUGAUCUGGAGAUACGGUGAUGGAGGUGAUGGCAGGAGGACCUACGUUCUCAAUCGAGGUCUCUGAAUACGGAAACGAUCUACCGGCGACGGAGAAAGUUUCCUCCUCUUCCUCCGGUGAGACGGCGAACGAGGAGGGAAGCAGCGGUUUGAGUCGGCCCGGAAGCGGAAUCUGGUCAGGACAUACGGCGGAUUACUCAUCGGAGAGUUCAUCAUCGAUCGGAACUCCAGGAGACAGCGAAGACGAAGAAGAAAGCGGAGAAGAAAACGACGAUGUUUCAUCUAAAGAACUCGGUCUUCGAGGGUUGGCCUCAAUGAGCUCUCUUGAAGAUUCUCUCCCCAGCAAGAGAGGGUUAUCGAAUCACUACAAAGGUAAAUCAAAAUCUUUUGGAAACUUAGGAGAGAUCGGGAGUGUAAAAGAAGUUCCAAAGCAAGAGAAUCCGUUGAAUAAAAGGAGAAGGUUACAGAUCUGCAACAAAUUGGCAAGACGAUCGUUUUACUCAUGGCAAAACCCUAAAUCGAUGCCUCUUUUACCAGUAAACGAAGAUGAGGAUGAUGACGAGGAAGAUGAUGAAGAUCUGAAAUCUGGAUUCGACGAGAACAAAUCAACAUCGAGCGACGAAGAGCGAGGAGCGAGAGGAGUUGUUGCGAGGAAACCCUCGUUCAAGAACAGAGCCUUCACGUCUCGGAGUUGUUUUGCGCUAUCAGAUCUGCAGGAAGAAGAUGAUCAAUAAUGCAAUCUAUGAUUUUUCUUUGUUCAUAGUUUUUUUUUUUCAUUUCCUUUUUCUAAAAUAUAAAUUUUAUUUCGUCGCGCGAAUUAAUGUUUCUUUUAUUUUAAUUCGGGAAAUUAAUUAUAUAUUAUGUCGACGGGAGAAAAGUAAUCAACUACGUUAGUGUUUGUUCCUUUCUAUUA